UCCAGUCUUUCCUUUCGAACUGCGAGGCAAGAUGGCGAACGGUUCUGGAGAUUUCCCGGAUUGCCCACCGUCGUAUUCCUCCUUGGAAAAGAUCUACGGGGCAUCUACAGAUAGAGCAUCGUUGAGAUAUGAGAAAAUCAAGGAGGCAUUUCAUAGCAAGUUUGGCUGUUCUCCAGAAUUCUAUGCAAGAGCUCCUGGAAGAGUAAAAAUUAUUGGAGAACACAUAGACUACUGUGGUUAUGGUGUGUUACCAAUGGCUGUGGAACAAGAUAUUGUGAUAGCAGUGGCAACUAAUGACCAGAAAAUGCUUAACAUAUCUAACACAUUUGAAGACUUUCAGGAUUUCAGUGUGAGCUGUGAAGAUUAUAAGAUUGAUGGAAAGGAAUGGUACCAUUACUUUCUCUGUGGCUAUAAGGGUUUAGUGGAUCAUAUGAAGAUUGAAUCUCCAAUUGGAAUGAACCUCAUUAUAGAUGGAACUGUUCCAAAGAGUGCAGGGCUGUCAAGUUCGUCAGCUUUGGUUUGUUGCUCAGGACUGGCGACACUUCAUGCCAAUGGGCUCAAGCUUAGUAAGCAUGAACUGGCGGAGAUAUGUACAAAAUGCGAGCGCUACAUUGGAACUGAAGGAGGAGGAAUGGACCAAUCUAUUUCCUUUUUGGCUGAGCCAGGAACAGCAAAGCACAUCGAGUUUGAUCCAAUAAGAGCUUAUGAUGUCACCCUUCCAGAUGGCAUUGUUUUCGUGAUUGCGAAUAGCUUGGUGGAGAUGAAGAAAUCUGCGACAGCUGGUACGCAUUUCAAUGCAAGAGUGGUCGAGUGUCGUCUAGCAGCAAAGGUCCUGGCUAAGAAAUGUGGACUGGACUGGAAAAGUGUUCGUCGUUUGAGUGAGGUACAACAAGGUGCAGAAAAGAGCUUGGAUGAAAUGGUUGAAAUGGUGGACUCAUGCCUCCAUGCCGAGCCAUACAUGAAGAAAGAGCUUUGUGAAUACUUUGAACUCACGGACGAGGAGUUAGUGAACCAGUGCAUGAGUCCUUCAACGGCGGGAGUGACCAGCUUCAAGUUGCAUGAUCGAGCCAAACACGUGUAUUCUGAAGCUGCUAGAGUGCUCAAGUUUAAGUCAGUGUGCGGGGAAAAACCUGCUAAUGCUGUUCAGGUCCUCGGUGGUCUUAUGAAUGACAGCCAUGAAAGUUGUAGUAAGAUGUACGAGUGCAGCUGCGAGGAACUUGACCAGUUGGUACAACAGUGCAGGCGAGCUGGAGCAGUUGGCUCCAGGCUCACAGGAGCGGGAUGGGGCGGUUGCACGGUGUCCCUGGUGCCUACUGAUGUCCUCAAUGGCUUAGUGAAACAAGUGCACGACGGAUACUAUGCCGCUGACCCAGGCAGGCUUAAAAGGGUUUCCGAGAGUUUGUUUGCGACUCAGCCGGGGAGUGGUGCGGCGAUACUUAAACUUAAGUAAUAUAUUUUUGACUUAGAGAUAAAAAAAGGGUCAGUAUAUAGGUCUGAAAUAAGAAAUACUGCGAGUAAAGCAUAGCGAGCGCGAGCCACCUAUUCAGGAAAAUUACUUUGUACUUAUACUUAUUGACUGAUUGGUAGGGCCGGACGGGAGAAUAUUUAGCUCUCGGUCAUGAUGUACGGACCGAGCGCAGCAGGGUCCGUGUCUCAUGACCGAUGGCCCAAUAUUUUCUCGUCCGGCCCGACCAAACUCAAUCGAUAAGAAUUUUAUCAGUCAGCAAUCCAAUGAAUACACGGGUUAAAGUUACACACGGAUAAAUCGUUUACAUCCUUCGCCAGAAGGGAGACAUACUUACCCGCGUUGCUUUCCUUUAAGUUGUGAAUUAAACAUUUGUCAUUUUUCUGAGUUCCAUCUGAGCUCUACCGACAGAUAAAAUGAUUGAGGGUUAACCUUUAAAAAAAGUAAGAGCGAUCAGCAUCCAAAUUCUCGUCACGGCUUACAGUAAUACUGCUAAAUGGUACAUUUAGAUCAUGAGAGUCAAGGAUAUGAUCGCCAAGCUAGAGGGUGGUAAAGAGUAUUUUCGUAAUUCGUGAAUGGUCUUUUUUUUUUCCCAUGAAACGUUAAAUGGCUUCUUUUUUUUUUUUCUUGUGAUUCGUGAUUUCAUUAGUAGCCGUGAACCAUGAUUUUCCAAAAUAAUUUUCUGUGAAAUGAGAAAGAAGUAUUUAAUUCGUCGUGAACCGUGAUUUUGGUUGUAGUUUCGACAGUAAUGUUACUUCCCGUGAACUGUGAAAGGACCAAUUUAUUUUCCGUGAAACGUGGUCUUGAGCCCCUCUCUACCACCCUCAAGCUAGGAAGCUUUGAUUUUUAAACGAAUCCUCCUUCUCAGUACCAAAGGAAAUGUACGAAGAAGGGUAUGGAGAAUGUUGAUUGUGAUGUGCUGGUUUAAAGGUUUAAAGAACUUAGUACAGACAAACCUGUAUCAAGCGGUCCCACUUGGAGCUUUCUACGGGUUGACCGCUAAAUACAGGUUGCAAAGAAUGAAUGAUUUGACAAACGAUUGAAAAAAAAAACGCCUUUUUAUAACACAAUUGACCUUGUAAUGUACAAAACCUUUUCUCAAAAAUACUACUAACACUGAUUUAGGGAGAGAAAUCUGGAUUAAAUUUUACUGGCAAGAUCA